CACACACACGGACACACGCGCACACACCAGCCUCCACUACUCCCUUCUCCUCACCCCCUCCUUCUCUUCGCACAAACAAACAUGGCCGCCAAAUCGGACGGACCCGCCGCAUCCGCCGUGAGCUCGGCUUCCGCGUGCGCGCGCGACAAGGAGCCCGAGGCGCGUUGUGUCCUCGCGGGACCGGAAGAGCGCCGGGACCGCUCCCGGCGGCAAGCGCUGCUCGACUGCUGCUGGGUGCUUUGCGCGCUGCUCGUCUUCUUCUGUGAUGGCGCCACGGACGUGUGGCUCUCGGCCGAUUACUACGCGCGCCGCGACUACUGGUGGUUCGCGCUCACGCUGCUCUUCGCCGCGCUGCCCUCGGUCGUGGUGCAGGUGCUCAGCUUCCGCUGGUUCGUGUACGACUACACGGUGGAGACGGAGGAGGACACGGCGGCGGCGGCGGUGCGCUCGCGCAGCCGGACGCUCAGGUGCUGCCGAGCAUGCAUGUGGACCUUCCAGUCCCUCGUGCACAUCCUGCAGCUGGGCCAGAUGUGGAGGUACAUUCACACGCUGUACCUGGGUGUGCAGAACCACUGGUAUCGCCACUGCUACUGGCGCCUGAUGUUUGAGACGGCCGAUGUGAACAUGCUGAGGCUGCUGGAGGCUUUCCUGAAGAGCGCACCACAGCUCGUCCUGCAGCUCAGCAUCAUGAUCCACAGCAAACACAUCCUGCCCCUGCAGGGUCUCUCCACCUCCGCCUCCUUGGUCUCCUUGGCCUGGAUGAUUGCCUCCUACCAGAAGGUCCUUCGUGACUCCAGAGAUGACAAGCUACCCAUGUCCUACAAGGCAGUGAUUGUACAGAUGCUGUGGCACCUGUUCACCAUUGGUGCACGUACCAUUGCCUUUGCGCUCUUCGCCUCAGUCUUCCAGCUAUACUUUGGCAUCUUUGUCGUGGCUCACUGGUGCGCCAUGACCUUCUGGAUCAUCCAAGGUGAGACGGACUUCUGCAUGUCCAAGUGGGAGGAGAUCAUCUACAACAUGGUUGUGGGCAUCAUCUACAUCUUCUGCUGGUUCAACGUCAAGGAGGGUCCAGCGCGAUGCCGUCUGGCCACAUACUACUGUGUGAUUUUUGUGGAGAACGCGGCGCUCACGGCCACCUGGUAUGCAUACAGGAGCCCCCACACCUCAGACUUCUAUGCCCUUAUCAUUGUGUGUGUGGUAGUAUGCAGCUAUGCCUUGGGAACCUUUUUUAUGUUUGUCUACUACUGCCUGCUUCAUCCUGACGGCCCAGUCCUGGGGUCACAGUGGAGCUGCAUGGAGGACGGAAUGGGUGCAAUAGGACUCGGUAGUGUGGGGGACCUGGGGACACCUCUGCCCCAACCAGAUGUUGUCACUAGUCCCCCGAGAACCUUGCAGAGGACUAAGGAUGGGGAACGGGAACCAGGGGACAAGGAGAGUUGCCUGCCUGUUUUUCAGGUGAGGUCUAUCAGCGUGGCUCCUGCACCUUCUCCCCGAACACCAAAAACUGAGGGGCCUGUUAUCCGCAUUGACCUGCCCAGGAAGAGCUACCCAGCCUGGGAUGCACACUUCAUCGACCGUCGAUUGAGAAAAACCAUUUUGGUGCUGGAGAACACAUCUCCAGUGACACCACGGAUCCAGUACCGCAGCCUUGGCAGUCCCAAAGAGGUGAUGGAGUACGAGACUACUGUGUAGUUGCAAUUUCCUGACCUCCUGUCAGCAGGGGACUUCGCCUGUGACUCUGCGUCUCUGUGUAGAGAAGCAGUGAAGAGCAAGGCAAUGCUGGGAGAUUCCCACAAUACCAUUGGUGCUCUAAGGCAUGUGUGUGCAUGGGACAUGGGGCAUUGGCUAUGCCUGGAAAUGAAUCAUCUGUUCUGAAGACUUGUAUUUCAGAAAAUACAAGUGGAACAUGAAUGAGGGUAGACGUUAAAAGUCUUGACUGUAAAUGAGAAUGAUAUUCAAGAAUAAUACCACAAUGCCAGCCAUAAGUACUGAUCUGACAAGCAGGGUGAUACCUGUCCAUAGAUGUUUUGAUGAUGAUGUGCAUGGACGUGAUGAUAAUGAUGAUGAUGAUGAUGAUGAUAAAUGUAUGUAGGCGAUUUCAGGUGAAACAUGUCAAACGCUAGAAGACCUGACCAAUCAUCUCUAUCCAGGACUGCCCUGGGAGCUGCACUGGUCUAAAUCCGUGAUUGUUAGUGACUUGAAAACAGUACCAGUUGUGUAUUAUAUUGCUUAUGUGAAUGGUGAGAUUAGCCAGUUGAAUCAUCAUUGAUUUAUUUAUUGAUCGAGUAGAUUUAUUUUUUUGUAACUCUGUGGCGAUGAUUUAAAAAAAAAAAAAAAAAAACUUUUUAUGGUAUAUUAAUGUAUACAUAUAAUCUUUUUCUUAUAUGUAUACAGUAUAUUGGAAUGGUAUCACUGUGUAGGUAUGAAUGUCUUUUGGGUUGUCUGUAUGUUCAGCUGGUCUUUGAUCAUACUGCAUUGUUUAUCUGUAAAGGUAAAAGACAGAAAAAAAGUAUUUAUGAAGAAAAAAAAUACAUGGGAUAACCAUGCCCAGUUGAUGAUACAUUAUGACUAAAAUGUAGUUGGAAACAUAUUUAGUAAAAUGGCUGUCAACAGCCUGGGAGAAAAAAAAAGAAAACUGAAGGAGGUUGUUUGUGUUUUUCUUUUCCCAUAGGUUCUACUCUUGCUUGUGAGACACUGGUUUUGUUGCAAAAGUUUUCCAGCAUUUGGCUAACUUUUCCAUCAGUUGGGGAACUUUUGAUUUGAAUAGCACAAGGUGCUGAAGAUGAACAUGGUGGUGUCAAAAUCUGUUUUUGUCUUUUUAUUAUGUUGGCUUGAAAAAUUCUUCUUCUUCUUAGACUUAUUUUUAUCAAUUGCUACUCCUCCUAGAGCUUUCAAGCUACAUGCAGCAAACUCAGCCAAUUUGGCAAUCAGAAUUACGGUAUUCCCUUAAUUCCAUUCCAAAUUUUAGAGGUUUAUAAUGCAGCAAGCUUUCGAGCUACUUACACCAAACCUGGUCAGGCCCUUCAGGCUAUUGGUCUGAUUGAACCCGGACUUUCAGUUUUCCCAUAGCAGAUGACUGAAUAUCCCAAAAUUUCCAAUAGUCACAUGUGCCAUAUCAAAAUGCUCCGCACAAUGAGAAGAGAAAUAGUGGGUUAUGCGUAUUCUGGUGACGUAUCCACUCACCUCCGAAAGUAUUGACACCCUAUCUGUCCACUCACCACUAGAAGCAUUGGCACCCUAUCUGUCCACUCACCUCCAGGUCUGUCCACUCGCCUCCAGAAAGCGCCGGAUGUUACGACUACUUGCUUCGUCAAGCCAGCAUCAAAGUAUGUCGCAACGAACUAUAAAAAUGUCGUUUAGAAUUGUGUUUCGAGCUUACAUUUACAUUUUCAUUUACAUUCACAAUAUUUGGCAGAUGCCCUUAUUCAGAGCAACUUACAGAAGUGCUUUGAAGUCUUUAUCAAUAAAUACAUCCUGAUACUGGUUGACUAGGUCACAGGCUAAGAAUACCUUUAGUCUAUAACAUCUAUUGGGACAAGAUGAUUUUUUAACAUGCUAAGUUUAAGUAUUUCAAGAAGAGGUAGACCUUGACAAAGCUGUCUGGACAUGUAAGAGAGGUUCAUCCCGCCACCUAGGUGCUAGAACAAAGAAGAGUCUUGAUGAAUGUCUUCCUUUGUACAGAGAGAGAGCCAUCGAGCAGUGCUAAAGGAUCCGAGGGAGCGAGGUGCAGUGUGGGGUGUGAUAACUGCUUUGAGGUAGGUGGGUGCUGGUCCGUUUUUGGGUUUGUAGUCCAGUCUCAAAAUGACAUGGACUGAACAAGCACUUGGGUGGUAUAUCAUGCAGUUAAGGACGGUUAACAAUAAUAUGCGGAAUAAUAAAUAGGGGGGAAAAUAAUUCUUACACUGAAUCUGCAUCAUUUUGUUACAUGCUAUAUUCUACCAGAAAAAUAUAAUGCUAUCAAAAAUAAUGCUAUAAUGGAAUACUCCACAUUACCAUGAUCAAUAAUUUUAGCACAUUUUGUUGUGCUGAGAAAAGAAUUGAAAAACUUUUUCCUUAAAUCUCACUAAUCCAAGUCUGAACUGCUUCAUCCUGAGCAAUUCCUGGGCAGUGAAUUUGGAGCUGCAGGCCAAAACCUCAGUAUGUAGUGAUUCUCAGGAACACUGGACACUGUGUAUUUACACAAAGGGGCUAUAUAGAAUUGCCAGUCAAUCUAUUGAUCUGUUUGUGGGAGGUGGAGGAAACCAAAGGAAACCUACACAGACGUGAAAAGAACAGACAGUCCUCACAGACACUAACCUGAGCUCUAGGAGGAACUGGGAACCCAGAGGCGAUGAAUCUGCAAUGAUAUUCCCCACAUCAAUGUGUUUAUAAACUAAGCUAUAAAUGUACACUUUUUGGUUAUAUGGUGCUUGUGUGUACGAGUGGUAUGGAAGCCAUUUCAGUGAAAGCUUUAAGUAAGUCUUCAUUUGCAUUAUAUAACUUCUAAUUCAAACACAUGUAAACAAACAUGCACAGUAUCACAUGCAGUGAAAUGCUUUUUUGACUGCCUGCGUCAUAAAAUAGAAUCAAAAUAGACUAAUAAUAUUAAUAAUAAUUAUUAUUAUUAUUA